UGUUGCUCUAGUUGGGAAAAACAGAGGAGGGGGUGCAGAGUUGGCCAUGGAUGAACGCGAAAUUGCUUGCUCAACCCCGAUGGUGUGGACCGUGGAGUGAGCUCCUCCGAAGCUGCUCUAGCCUCUAAGCUAGGUGCGAAAAGUGGAGGAGGGGUGCGCGCGCCAAGGCCCCACGCCGAGUGUCCAGACUGGACCACGACGCGCCUCCUCCAUCCUCCUCCAUAAAUCCCCCAAAACCCCGGCCGGCCGCGUCGUUGGCUCUGAACUCUGAGUACGGCGCAAGGGAGCAUUUUUGGGGCUGACUCUUCACCGGCGGCAUGUUCCUGCGGCACAGCCAUCCCGUCGUGCACCCUGACCCGGCGGUUACCGCUCCGGCCGCGCAGGGGCAGGGGCCGGUGGCUGCUGCUCCGGCUGCGGUGGCGCAGGCGCAGGGACCGGUGGCUCCCGCUCCGGCUGCGGUGGCGCAGGGGCAGGGGCAGGGGCAGGGGCAGGGGCAGGCGGCAGCGCAGGCGGCGCAGGCGCAGGGACAUGGCCCGGCUCCGGCUCCGGCCGCGGCGGCGCAGGGGGCGAACGCGAACGGGAACACGCCGCCGCCCGGGGUGCUGAUGGUGGACCCGCGGGGGGCGCCGGGGACGCGCUGGGGCCUCGCGGCCCGCCUCGCGCAGGCGCUGCUCGCGGCCGCCGCCGUCGCCUUCAUGGCCUCCACCGACGACUUCCGCACGCUCACCGCCUUCCGCCUCCUGGUAGCAGCAGAGUCUUUGCAAUGCCUCUGGAGCCUCGCCCUGGCCGCCGUGGACGUCUACGCGCUUCUUGUGAAGCGCUCCUUCCGGACACCCCGUGCUACCACCAUAUAUUCCACCGGGGACUGGGUCACUGGAGCACUGAGCUUCGCUGCAGCGAGUGGGUCAGCAGCCAUGACCACUCUCAUCAACAACGACCUGCUACUGUGCUCGGAGAACCACUGCCCGACCUAUAUGGCCGCCACCGCCAUGGCUUUCUUGAGCUGGUUCGCCAUCGCGCCGUCCUGUGUCAUUAACCUCUGGGCGGCGGUCUACAGCGUGCAGAGAGCAUAGUCUGCGGAGCAAGAACCAGGCUGUUUGACCAACUUUGGUGGCGCAUCUAAUAUAAUUAGUACUGUUUACGACCGGUAUAUUAUCGAUAUUUCUGUAGCAAAAUCAGGGAGUAGCUUGAUGUUCAGAAGGGUGGUUGUGAAGCUCUACACUUUAUCUCCAGGAGCGUAUGUAUGCCAUCUUAUUAUGCGAGGCUGGCUGGACUGGUGGUUGUGAUCUGGUGAUGACCUGACUGAUGGGCUACUUGUGUAGAGUUCAAGGUUGAUGAUGAUAUGCUCAGUCUGUUCUAUUUCGCGUCUUU